AUGAAAACUGAAUUAACUACCCGGAAUGCGGAACUGAAAAGAGACAAAUCUUUGCUAGAGUUGAAGAAUGCCGACCUGAAGAAGAACCUAGUGCGAAAGGAGCGAAAGAAUCGAAAGAAUCAAGAUCUUUGGGACACCCAAGAGAAUGUUUUGCAAUCGGUGCAAAAAGUGGAAAAGUUGACUAACGAGCAAGUGGAGACUCUACCGGAAGCUCAGUCACAAGAGAAACUGCUGGAUCUAGAACAACAAAAGCAACUCGUAUACGACAAUUCAAACCUGAAAACUGAACUCGAGACGUCAGCUCGUAAGUUGAGUUUGCAAUCGGAAGAAAUUAAAAACCUGACGGCUAGAACAAACGAACUGACCAACAGGUUGGAGGAAACAUAUUUGAAAAAUGAUGAGCUGAUUUUGAAGUUGGCUACUUCACGUGAUACGGCUCUGACCGUUUCAGAUCGAUUUCAUGAAAAUGAAUCAAAAUUAGAAAAGGAGAUUAACGACUUAAAGGAUCUGUUGAACACAAAGCAGAAAAUCUUGGAGGAAAAAGAAGCAAUUUUGGAGUCUACCCUGCAGGCCAAAAAGGUUGCUGCCCAAAAAGAGGAAGAGAUGCACCAAUCACAGCUCGAACUUAAACUAGCCCAUCAUGAAAAUCUUCGUUUGACAAAUCUAAACGAUCAGUUAGAAAAUCAAUUAACCGAAUUGAAACGAUCAAUGGAAGAGAUAACGGCGGAACGGGUGGAAUUUCGUUUUCUUUACGAGGACGCUACUGAAUUGUCCGCUGAACAAGCCCGGAAAUUGGCCGAGCAAACCAGACAACAAGCUGCUGAUAAUGGUCUCCUUCUGUCGGAUAUAACUAAACUAAAAACAGAGUUAGCUGCCUCCCUGACUCAAAUCGACGAAUUGAAAAAAGAGAAAGGCGUUUUGCUCUGCAAUGCCUCAACGGCCACCGAAUCUCUGCUUCGAAACGAAAUCGUCAAUUUGAAAUCUAUAAUAGAAAAUCAGAAUGUGACCCUAUCCUCAAACACGACGACAGUUUCCUAUACUUAA